UCACUUCAUAGACAAAACUAUACAAACCACGACCAAACCACAGAAAUGCCUCCCAGCUCACCCGCACCCCGCUUCCACCCCUACAAAGGCCACCACAAAACCCCCUCUUUCAAACCCCGCGCCCCAACCAGCCAUGCAUCCGGCAGCGGCCUAUCCAUCAACGACCUCAAACGACGAAUCCGCGACAUCAAGCGGCUCCUCAACCACGCCGAGCUUCUUCCUGAAGCGCGGAUCGUCCAGGAACGCGCAUUGGCGGGCUACGAAAAGGACCUUGCGGACGAAACGGCGCGGCGAGGACGGUCGGAGAUGAUUAAGAAAUAUCACUUUGUUCGGUUUCUCGAUCGAAAGGCAGCGACGAAAGAGCUUCGACGGGUUACGCAGCUGCACGCGGAUAUGCAACACAAGUCCAAGUCCAACGGCGCAGAUGCAGCGGGGAUAACACGAAAAAUGCACGAGGCGCAGAUAAACCUCAAUUACACGAUUUACUACCCACUUGACGAGAAAUAUAUCUCGCUGUAUCCGCAGGAUAAGAAGAAAAGAAAAAAUCCCGCCGAGGACGAUAGUGACGAUGGUGUGGGUGAGGGAGGUGUGGAUGCUGAUGGUGCAGAAAAACCUCCGCUGUGGUACGUCGUCGAGAAAUGUACUGCGGAUGGAACGCUGGAUAAGCUGCGGAAUGGAAGGUUGGGCAUUGGACUAGACGGGAAACCGAAACAGCAGCACCCAGCCGCAACAACGAAAACAGCCAAGACUACAGAGAAGGAUAAAUCAUCUUCUACUACGAAACACAAAGAAUCAACGACAAGAAAAACGGCCCAUGGGAGCUCAAGACGCCAUGGGUCAGAAGCCGGUGCUGCGCAUCAAAAUGAGGGUGAAGAAGAUGAAGGGGAUGACAGCGAUGGAGGGUUUUUUGAAGUUUGAUCUUGUUCUUACCAUGCAUUUCAUUGCUUUCAUACUUAUAGCAUGCCACGGUACAUAUUAUGGAGUUUCUAGGAUACCCGUAUGAUUUACGGUUUGAUAUUCAUAGCCUUACAGAAGAUUUAAAUAUUCACG